GUUAUUUUUCAGUUCUUAUAGGAAAAAGGAGUCACUUUUCCUGCAUCGACUCUCUCUCUCUCUGGGUGAAAAAUGGAGUCGGAGAACGAUCCCGACCGACGCGAAGAGACAUCCAUGACUCAGCAUUGUGGUGCUGAGUCCGCGUUUGCCCGCGUGCCUCGAGCUCCUGAAGUCCCAGUUUAUGCGGUGAUGGCUGCAUGCAGUAGAGAUCCCAGCCCAGUGAAGCUGAACCUGGGUAUGGGUGUAUACAGAACAGAGGAUGGCAAACCUCUUCUUUUAAAUGUGGUUAAAAAAGCAGAAGAGCUCCUUUUCAGUGACCCGUCUGCUAAUAAAGAAUACUUGCCAAUUACUGGACUGGCAGAAUUUAGAGAACUGAGUGCUAAGCUUAUAUUUGGUACAGACAGCCCUGCAAUUAAAGAAAAUAGAGUCACCACCGUACAAUGCUUGUCUGGGACUGGCUCAUUGAGGAUUGGUGCCGAUUUCUUAGCAAAAUAUUAUUACCAGUCAACAGUAUACCUCCCUGAGCCAACAUACGGUAACCAUCCAAACUUCUUCAUAGUAGCAGGGCUUUGCUUGAGGACUUACCGCUAUUAUGAUCCAGUGACAAGAGGGCUAGACUUCCAAGGUUUCUUGGAAGACCUUGCUUCUGCUCCACCAGGAGCUAUUGUGCUACUGCAUGCUUGUGCACAUAAUCCUACUGGUGUUGAUCCAACAGUUGAGCAGUGGGAGGAGAUCAGACAGAUUAUCAGAUCAAAAGGGUUGCUUCCAUUCUUUGAUUGUGCAUAUCAGGGUUUUGUAAGUGGAAGCCUAGAAGAUGAUGCACGAGCUGUGAGAAAGUUUGUUGCUGAUGGUGGUGAAUGCCUUGUUGUCCAGUCCUACUCAAAGAACAUGGGACUCUAUGGAGAACGUGUUGGUGCACUCAGUGUAGUUUGCAAGACUGCGGAUGUGGCAACCCGAAUUGAGAGUCAGUUGAAGCUUCUGAUUCGACCCAUGUAUUCAAAUCCUCCAAUUCAUGGCGCUGCCAUUGCAGCUGCCAUCUUAAAAGACAGGAAUUUGUUCAGUGAAUGGACACUUGAGUUGGAGACAAUGACUAAACGGCUCACAUGCAUGCGGGAGCAAUUAUUUGAUGCUUUACAUGAAAGAGGGACUCCUGGUGACUGGACUCAUAUCCUCAAGCACGUAGGCUUGUUUACAUUCUCAGGGUUGAAAGAGGAGCAAAUUGCUUUCAUGACAAGGGAAUUCCAUAUCUAUAUGUCUUCUGAUGGGAGAAUCAACAUGGCAGGACUGAGCACUAACACGGUCCCUCACCUGGCAAACGCAAUACAUGCUGCCGUUACUCUGAUACCAUGACUAGUCCGCAACAAUGGCCUUCUCGGUCAAACUAUCCUACUUAUCCUUCGAAUGAGAAACUCGAGCUUUUGAUGUAAAUGCCUCGAGGGACACAAUGUUUGACGGUUGUUUGGUGCUUAAAUUCGGAGGUAGUGUCGGUUUUUCGAAAUUCAUGGAGCAAACUGAUCUCCAUGAAACUAGAAGGUGCUGGAAAAACUGUGCACUUAGCAUUGCACUAUGUCUAAGCUAUGUGAUGGUUUCCUCUAAGGGUGUGUUUGUUCUAGCGAAAGGAUUUUCCCGAAAUUAGUUUUUUAGA